AUGCUAAUCCCGAUGAAAAAGAGGAACAACGUGAGACAAGAAAACUUCAAGCAGAGGUUCGUCUACAAUGUAGAUAUUAUCAUAGAUUUUGGGUUGAUUUUGACUUUCCAGCUUGUCCAGUUACAAAACCAAACAAAAGGAUCUGCGGAUUCGAAAAAGGCAGGAAAAUCGAAGGCUGGAUCAAUUUCGGACAGUUCGCGGACCGCUGCAAUGGAAGCACGCGAGAAAGCAGAAAAAGCAAGGGAACGUAUGGAAAAGCUCAAGGAUAAGGCGGCAGAGGCGAAGGAAAUAGCCGAAAAACUAAAGGCAAAAGCUGAAAGGGCGAAAAGAGCAGCGGAUCGCGCAGCCUCCCGAUCAGACCGCGACAAAGCUCGAUCUGCGACAGCUAAAUGGUGCAAAGUGACGGACCAGUACAAGAAAGCGAAUAAAAAAGCUGGAAAGUUGAAGUCUUUAGCAGAAAAGGCUAUGAAGAGAUACAAGAAACGUCAAAAGAAGGCGGAAAGACCGGUGGAAAAGAAAAAAUGGGAAAGAAUCAGAGAUAAGACAAAAAAUAACCGCUCUGAUGCUAACGAGGCAGUAUUGGCUUUGCUUCGCAAAGAGAUGGCUCGUAUCAAGGAACGUCCCAUGACUCGAACCUAUAUGUACGCUACAAAAGCUUUGGUCGAAUAG